AUGGCUCUUAAUGAACGCCUCAGCAAAUUUAAACAACAGCAGGAGAGAUGCCAGACAACUCUAUCCAGCAUUGCUGCAACCCAAGCUUCAACCACAAAGUCCCACAAUGCUCCAAGGUCUAGACCAGCAAAUGCCCCGUCAGCUCCAGCAAAACAGAUACAGGCUAUUAAAUUCUCAAAUGAUACUGAAAGGCUUCAACACAUCAAUUCAGUGAGGAAGUCUCCUGUUGGAGCACAGAUCAAAUUAGUUAUUGAACUGCUUUACAAGACAAGACUUGCUUAUACAGCAGAGCAAAUAAAUGAAGCAACAUAUGUUGCAAUUAAUAGUAACAAGGCAGUCUUUGAUAGUCUGACGAACAAUCCCAAAGUACAAUUUGAUGGGAAGCGUUUCUCUUACAAGUCCAAGCAUGAUUUGAAGGGGAAAGAUCAAUUGCUUCAUUUGAUCAGAAGGUUUCCUGAGGGUCUUCCUGUUGUGGAGGUCAAGGAUUCAUAUCCAACCGUAUUGGAUGAUCUACAGGCUCUCAAAGCCUCUGGUGAUGUGUGGUGGCUGUCAAGCAUGGACUCCCAGGAAGACAUUGUGUACCCAAAUGAUCCCAAAUCGAAGAUCAAGGUCGAUGCCGACUUGAAGCAGCUGUACCGGGAGAUAGAGCUGCCACGGGACAUGAUUGACAUCGAGAAGGAGCUGCUGAAGAACGGGCACAAGCCAGCAACCGACACGACCAAGCGGCGUGCAGCGGCGCAGAUCCAUGGCCAGCGACCAAAGCCAAAGGCCAAGAAGAAGCAGAAAGAGAUCACUAAAAGGACCAAGCUCACGAAUGCGCAUCUGCCUGAGCUGUUCGACCUGCCCCGUUGA